UGCGGAGGCUGCGCCUGCGUCGCUAAUGGCAACCAGCGCGAGAGAGCGCGUCGGCCAGACGAACGGAGCGCGCGGGGGGACGCGUGUGAGCCGCCAUUGUCUUUAAACAAACGGAAGGAUACACGGUUAAAAUAAACAGGGGAAAAAAGGAGAAAAAAAACAAAACAAAAACAAAAAAAAAAAAAGCCGAGCAGGGGUGGGUUUCGGUUGCGGUUGUUUGCUCCGGUGGAUUUGGACAUGAUGGCUUCGAGACUAGGGCUUUGGCUGGUGUGUGUGUGCGGAGCGCUGCGUAUUAGCGCACGACAUUCCACCAAUGGAGGCGUCUUGGAUAAAACGAAGGCCUUGCGUGAUGAGAGCAGGUUCCUGGGGAAAGAGAGUACGGUACCGGUCCGGUUGGUUUAUCGCGCGGAUCAAAGACAGACCGCGCAUGACGUCCUGAGUACACGAGUGCGCACAGACCAGAAGAACCAUUUGGCCCAAGCCACUUUCCAGGUCAGAGCCUUCGACCGGACUUUCAUCCUAGACGUGGAACUGAAUCAUGACCUGCUGUCGUCAAAGUAUGUGGAGCGGCAUAUAUCAGAGGACGGGAAAUCAUUCAUCAGCAAGGGUGGGGAGCACUGUUACUACCAUGGAACGGUACGAGAUAUUCCAGAGUCCUUUGUGGCGUUGUCCACCUGCCAUGGAAUGCACGGGAUGUUUUUCGAUGGAAAUCACACGUACCUGAUAGAACCAGAUGAAGAGGGCAAGGAAAAUGAACACAUCCAUGUGCACAUGAUUUAUAAAUCUCCAGGCUUUCAGGCUCCAGUGGAUUACGUCCCACCCCUUGAUCUUGCAGAGUCGCCAUUUCAGAGCCCUCCACUCUUCACUGGGGCAGCCCACAGGAGAAAAAAGAGACAAGUGUUGCAAAGUUCCCACAGUGUCGAGGAUGAGACUAAAUAUAUCGAGCUGAUGGUCAUCAACGACCACCUGAUGUACAAGAAGCAUCGGCUUUCAGUUGGCCAGACAAACAACUACGCCAAGUCCGUAGUGAACAUGGCAGAUUUUAUUUUCAAGGAGCAACUGAACACCCGAAUUGUUUUGGUUGCCAUGGAAACCUGGGCAGCGGACAACAGGUUCAACAUAAACGAUGACCCGAUGAUCACACUGCGGGAGUUCAUGAAGUACAGACGUGACUUCAUUAAGGAGAAGAGCGACUCUGUCCAUCUGUUCUCGGGCAACCGCUUUCAUAGCAGCUGGGGUGGAGCAUCUUAUAUGGGAGGGGUGUGUUCACUGACUAAAGGGGGAGGAGUUAACGAGUAUGGAAAAACAGAAGAAAUGGCCAUCACACUGGCACAGUCGCUGGGACAGAACAUUGGCAUUUUCUCUGACAAGAAAAGAAUACUAAACGGGGAAUGCAAGUGUGAUGAUAAAUGGUCCGGCUGCAUAAUGGAUGAUGUUGGCUUCUAUUUGCCCAAGAGAUUCUCUGACUGUAACGUAGAAGAGUACCACAACUUCCUGUACAGCGGCGGAGGCUCGUGUCUCUUCAACAAACCUUCCAAGCUUUUGGACCCUCCAGAGUGUGGGAACGGUUUUUUGGAGCCGGGAGAGGAGUGUGACUGCGGAACUCCAGCGGAGUGUGCUAUAGAAGGAGAGAACUGCUGUAAGAGGUGCACUCUGACUCAAGGCUCUAAAUGCAGUAAUGGACUCUGCUGUAAUAACUGUCAGAUGGAGUUUAUGGGUGUGAUCUGCAGAGAGGCUGUGAAUGACUGUGAUAUUCCAGAAAACUGUACUGGGAACUCAAGCCAGUGUCCUCCAAACGUUCACAAAAUGGAUGGCUACACUUGUGAAAAAGACCAGGGACGGUGCUUUAAUGGACGAUGCAAAACUAAAGACAGGCAGUGCAAGUACCUCUGGGGAGAGAAGGCGACGUCUGCAGAUAAGUUCUGUUACGAGAAGCUAAACAUCGAGGGAACUGAGAAAGGGAACUGUGGCAGGGACAAGGACACUUGGGUCCAGUGCAAAAAGCAGGAUGUGCAGUGUGGAUACCUGCUGUGCUCAAAUAUCUCACCUGCGCCCAGACUGGGAGAGCUGCAGGGAGGCCUGACCUCAUUUUCUGUGGCCCAACAUAGCGCUUCACUAGACUGCAGUGGUGGACAUGUGAUGAUUGACGGAGACACUGAUCUGGGCUAUGUGGAGGACGGCACAGCUUGUGGCACUGACCGUAUCUGCUUCAACCACAAAUGCCUCCCGGUUCAGGAUUUCAACUUCAGCACCUGCCCCGGCACCACGGACAAGAUCAUCUGCUCCGGACACGGGGUUUGCAGCAAUGAGCUGAAGUGUGUGUGUCACCUGGGCUGGGCAGGUGAAGACUGUAACUCCUCAUCACCUCUCAGCUACCUGGUGGUCGGACCUACAGCGACAUCAUCAGGCAUCAUCAGUACCAACAUCAUCAUUGGUGCCAUUGCAGGAUCUAUUCUGGUUCUGGCUCUUAUAUUAGCAAUAUCUGCCUGGGGCUACAAGACUUACAGACAGCAGCAAUUUGCAGAAUCUGAUGUGCAUCGACGAUUCUGUCGACAAAUGCCACCGGGUGAUUACGUAAAGAAGCCGGGCGACGCCGACUCUUUCUACAGCGACGUGCCGCAGGGCGUAAGCUCCAACUCAGGCAGCAGCUCCAAGAAGAGGUCUGCUUAUCUGUCUCACCUGCAGAUCUACACCUCCAUCCCCUCCAUCAGCCAAAACAUCUCACUGUUUGGCUUCAGGUCCAACGGUUUGUCCCAUUCCUGGAGCGAGAGAAUCCCAGAUGCCAAGCACAUUUCUGAUAUCUGUGAAAACGGACGGCCCAGGAGCAACUCGUGGCAAGGGAAUAUCAGCGGCAACCGGAGGAAGAUGAGAGGAAAGAAGUUCCGUCCUCGUUCAAACUCCACAGAGACGCUGUCUCCUGCCAAGUCCCCAACCUCAUCCACGGGGUCAAUCGCCUCGAGCCGAAGAUACCCGUACCCGAUGCCACCGCUACCGGACGAGGAGAGGAAGGCCAACAGACAGAGCGCCAGGCUGUGGGAGACGUCAAUAUAAAGAGGCUCCUUGGAUCACUCUGCAAAAUCUCCGUAAGGACUACACAUUCCUCCGCUUUUAUACAAACGAGAAAACUAACAAACAAACAAAAAAAAAAUACAAAAACUAAUGAAUUCAAACUGAAGAAUUGAAGUCCUCCAGGAUUAGCGGGUCCAGAGCGGGGAGAGAGCGCUGCGACGAAGAGCACGGCCGUCAUCCUCUCAUCGCUGCAGUCGUCCAUGACGAAACAGAGGGACUGGCUUGGGUCAAAGGUCAAAGCCAGGCACUGCUGCAGUCUGGUGCUCAUCCGCACGAGGCAGGGAAUAUCAGACUGCUAAUCCCGCACCUUUGAUCUUGCCCUGCCAUCCUUUUUUUGGGGGGGCCAAACAACAGCCUGUCCCUAACUUCCUCCCUCUCGUCCUCCUCCCUCUCACCCUCUCAUCCAGCACCAAUAAUGUCUUGUGAUUGGUGUCCUUGUAGCCAUGUUGAGAGAAGGUCAUCCAAAACCUCCUGGAUGUUAACGUUUUUUCGAAAGCACGUAGAAACUUUCCAAUGUAUGCAUGAGAAUACAUGUUUAUCAACUCCUUGUAGUGCUAAAGACGACCACGAUGACGAAAAAUAAUAUUUGAACAAGCAGGCUAGGGGACAGCAUGUCUCAGAGGGCAUUUCUGUAGGCUGGCAAGAUUUCAUUUUUUUAAGGCUUUUCUCUACUCACACAGUGUAUCAGCGCUAACGCUAGCAAACAAUUCCAGCCUUGCCACACGCGCUCUCUUAUUUCCUCACGUGUGUAAAUAUGUAUAGAUCUCCGACAGUGAAAUGUGUGCUCGUUUUUUUUUAAAUGCUUUUUCUUAUUGCUUUAUUUUAUGGUCACUCAGUAGGUUUUAGAAGAAACAUUCACCGCUUCUUGUUUGUACGUUUGUACGAUCACUGUAUAAGCCUUUCUUGUUCUUCAUUGUUUUUGAUCCUUCGAUGUAUCUCCCUAAUCCUCGAACAAGCUUCUUUCUACGUUUUGCUUUGUAACUUAUCUGAUGCCGUCUGUAAGAAUACGUUUGUAGUGCGGGAAAGGGCACAGUUGAGCUCUGAAGCUAAAUUCUUUGCAGAAGGAAACAACUGUAUAUUUGUAUGUUUUUGUCUCAUACAAUACAGAAAAAUGUCUGAAGUACGAUCACGUUGCCAUUUUCAGUUGUUCGGUGUUGAGUGGAGUGUCACGGGAUGUGACACUAAAUGUCUAAAUGUUUUUUUUUUGUCCUUGAUGAAAGAUCUACUUUCCUCACGAAAGAACCAUAAAUCUGGCCUCAGCACAUACAUGCGAACACAACAUGGUGUAAAUGAGGAACAAACCGGCACCACGCAGUUGCUUGGUAUGACAUCUGCCAGGACUUGGCACCUUGGCACCUCUACAACCGAGUCAUGCCUCAGCUGAUACGUUUCAAAAAUGGCUGACUCAGAGAAGCACCAAUCAUUAUGGAAAUUGUCAUCAUCAUCGACACAACAGCGCCACCUGCAGUACCGCAGAACUCGCAUCCACCAAUAAAUAAGAAAACAUGAAGCAAAGCAUACGCAAAGUUUGUAAAUAUGUUUUUUUUUUUGGGGGGAAUGUGCGCACAAAGACCCCUAACAGACUUCAUUUCCACGUGAAGUAUGCUGAAGCUUUCCUAAGGAUGAAGACUCCGUGAAUGUUGCUCAGUAUUGUACUUGUAGUAUCGCAUCUCAUCUCAUAAAACCCUUACACACCUCAUCUGUACAUAACCUUCAUGUUCACUAAAUCCCGCUGUCUGUAUUCAUUCAGUUUCUUUUCCCCGCCAUCCUGAGCACGGAUUCACACCGCAUUCACUCACAACCACGUGUCAAAACUCAUUUCUUUUCCAUCCCUGUAUGUAAACCAGACAGCAAUUAAGUGCAUUACGAUUAUUAUUAUUACAUUAAGUACUUUGUGUAUACAGAUACGGAUUAGCACAGAUACACACACACACACUCGUUUUAAUCAGCGUUAAAAAAAACUGCAUGGCUCAAUGUGGUGUUGAAGAAGGCUGAAUCCAAAGGCACCUGAAAAAAAAACAAAAAAAAAACAAACAUCUCAAGCAAUACUUUCAGCACUACACUGUCCUCGUGCCCAUCAGCGUCGCGACAUCCACGUGCAAAUAGAAACCAGAUAACGAGCAAGUCCUGAAAGGAUUCUUAGAGCAAACACACUCUUGAAUGUAAUUUAAGCCGGCGAUUUACAGCAAAACUGCCUUCAUUACAAAAAUAAAAAUAAAAACACACGUCACGAUCCAGCGAGCACGUAGAUCCACGUUCUUACUUUCUAUCCAUCACGUCAUCAGCCACGUUUCAAGGUUGUAUUCUAUGGUGAACGAAAAACAUACGAGUGGGAUGGGAGGUCUGCACCCGCUUCAGGAGACGUCAUAAAUGCCUUACGUUUGUCCGUUUCACGAUCACGAUCUCUCUCUCUCUCUCGCUCUCUCUCUCUCAUCCUCUGUUCUCUUUCGCAGUAUGCUGUUUGUAAACUUAAUACAAAGUGAUCGGCGCCCAUAUUUUUCCUUACAGUUAUCAUUCAGUAUUGUAAUAUAUUUAAUACAAAAUAAAC